CCUGAAUGCUGACACACUCCUUAGUAGUCCUUCCCCUGAGCCUCCGACAGUGCCAUUUUUAAGCUAAUUUUCCUCUGGUUUAACCCUUAACCAUAAUCUCGAGCUCUGUUAAUUUUCUUUUAUAGUGAAAGCGUGGCUUUUUAGACACCCAAAAGGAGCCGUUGCUGUACCAAACGAGAACGUUAAGAAUCCCUCAUUCUCAAUUUCGCAGCAGAAACCGCAGCCGCGGGAGAUUGAGAGAAAAGGGUGUAGCUUUCAGAAGACAAGGGAGGAGGAAAAUGGGGGGAGGAGCUGAAUUCAACCUCAUUUUUGGGUUUUCACUGUUCCUUAUACUUUUGGGCCAUUGCCAGGGAAGUAAUGUUGGAGUUUGCUAUGGAAGAAACGCAGACGACCUCCCGACGCCUAAUAAAGUGGCUCAGCUGGUCCAACUUCAUAACAUCAAAUAUCUUAGGCUUUAUGAUUCGAAUAUUCAGGUUCUCAAGGCCUUUGCCAACACUGGUGUUGAACUUAUGAUUGGGAUUCCCAAUUCGGAUUUGUUGCCGUUUUCUCAGUUCCAAUCUAAUGUAGACACUUGGCUGAAGAAUAGCAUUCUUCCUUACUACCCCGCUGCAAAAAUAACGUACAUUACAGUCGGUGCCGAGGUUACUGAGAGCCCCAACAAUGUGUCUGCCCUGGUGGUGCCUGCCAUGAAUAAUGUACUCACUGGUCUCAAAAAGGCAGGUUUGCACAAGAAGAUUAAAGUUUCUAGCACUCAUUCUCUCGGAGUUUUGUCUCGGUCGUUUCCUCCCUCGGCUGGGGCUUUUAGUAGUAAUUAUGCAUUUUUCUUGAAACCAUUGUUGGAGUUUCUUGCUGAGAACCAGUCUCCCUUUAUGAUCAAUAUUUACCCUUAUUAUGCUUACAGAGAAUCCCCUAGUAAUGUGUCCUUGGACUAUGCUCUUUUCGAGUCAUCAUCUGAAGUUAUCGAUCCAAACACCGGUCUGCUUUACACAAACAUGUUUGAUGCACAGAUCGAUGCUCUUUAUUUUGCACUGAUGGCCCUAAAUUUUAGAACAAUUAGAGUGAUGGUCACGGAAACAGGUUGGCCAUCCAAAGGGUCCCCAAAGGAGACAGCUGCAACUCCCGACAAUGCUCAGACUUACAACACGAAUCUUAUCCACCAUGUUAUCAAUAACACAGGCACCCCUGCAAGGCCAGGAGAGGAACUAGAUGUGUAUAUCUUCUCUCUGUUCAAUGAAAACAGGAAGCCGGGGUUGGACUCCGAAAGGAACUGGGGGUUAUUCUAUCCAGACCAGACCAGCGUCUACAACUUGGAUUUUGCAGGAAGGGGUGCGGUGGACAUGACUACACAGGCAAAUGUUACCGGUUCUAAUGGAACUGCCUGGUGCAUUGCUUCGAGCAAGGCUUCCGAUAUGGACUUACAAAACGCGUUGGAUUGGGCCUGUGGUCCGGGGAAUGUCGAUUGCACAGCCAUUCAGCCGAGCCAGCCCUGUUUCGAGCCGGAUACCCUCGUCUCUCAUGCAUCUUAUGCAUUUAACAGCUAUUUCCAGCAGAAUGGAGCUACUGAUGUUGCUUGCGGAUUUGGAGGGAAUGGAGUUAAAGUUGACAAGGACCCAAGCUAUGAUAACUGCUUGUACGAGACUACUGGGAAGAACAAGACGAUGCCUUCUAGCAAUACAACAGCAAUAUCCUCAACAUCUUCGUCGUCUUCUUCUACAGGAAUUGAAGCUUCUGCGGGUCUACUAAUGUUGGCUUUCAUAUCAUAUUUUUUGAAAUUUUCUUGAUGAUGAUGAUGGGGGUUGAGCCAAAUUUUCUGAAAAGAAAAAUCCCAGAUUUUGCUGCUACGAAGACAUAUUGGCUGGCUGGCUCUACCAUUUUCCUUAUUUUGUAAUUGAUUGGGAGGAAUUGCAAAUGAUGUAACUAAUUUGUACAACGCUCUGGAAUCAGUCGGUGGUUGAGAAUGGUAUUAGAAAAAUAUUAUUCAUUUUUUAAAGCAUAAUUUGAUUUUUUAUUUUUA